AUGGAAGAUUUAUCGAUUAAAUUAAGUGAUUUACCAAAUGAGAUUCUUAUAUUUAUUCUAAGAAAAUUGUAUGAUGUCGAAGUACUCUAUUCUUUAAUAGGGGUUAAUAAACGACUCAAUACAAUUGCAUAUGACUCAAUUUUUACAACUCAUUUAACAUUAUAUUUCUUGGAUAAAUUUAUCUAUCCAUUACCUGCUUCAAUGCUUAAUCGAUUUUGUUUACAAAUUUUACCUAAAAUUCACCAUAGAGUCAAGUGGCUUAAUGUUGAAUCAACAUCUAUGGAACGUAUUCUUCUUGCUACAAAUUAUCCUAAUCUAAAUGGACUUGGUUUAUAUUGA